GGGCAACAUCUUUAAACAGACGUUAUCGGUAGCUGUGGAAUAUAAAGGAAUAUACUUAUACAAAUCUAUAGUCAAGAAAACAUAAAGGAAAAACAUGGCCAAUUGGCUUUUGGGCCUUUGGCUGGCGCUCCUCGUGGUGAAUGGGCAUGAGGCGAAUGCUUAUCAUUCUGGCGGCUACCGGACGACAGGCAGCGAUCAGUCGGAACAGGCCGGGUUAUCGGCAGGCCACUCAACGCACGGGAACAUUCAAGAGCAGCCCAUCUACGAACGACCAGCGGGAGGAGGAUCGGGAGCAGGAGGAGCAUGUCCGCCGCAGUUCUCCGGGGUGGUGCCCUAUCCCUAUGACUGCCAUCGCUAUGUAAACUGUCACAAUGGCAGUCCCACCAUUCAAACCUGUGCACCCGGCACACUGUUCAAUGCCCGAGCUCUGGUGUGCGAUCAUCCCAGCAAUGUGGCAUGUGCAGCGCCAGCGGCAGCUCAACCAAAUCGAUCGGCGCGCCUGAGGGAAGUGGAUGCAGAGCCGAGGUGUACGCCUGGCGUGAUUGGCUUGCAGCCACAUCCCACGGAUUGCACAAAGUUCCUCAACUGCGCCAAUGGACAGGCCUUUGUGCAGGACUGCGGACCGGGCACGGCAUUCAGUCCAGCCGCCCUCAUUUGUGUCCACAAGAGCACCGUCGACUGUGGCGCAGGAGCAACCGGACAAGGCUACCCACAAGUCUCCUCGGAGGUUCCCAGCUGCCCCCCCGGUCUGCGUGGGCUUCACCAGCAUCGCCAUGAUCCGCACAAGUAUUUGGUUUGCGGCAUCGGUGUCCAAGCAAGGGUGGAGACAUGUCCCCGUGGGCACAUCUUCGAUGCCCACCAAUUGGUAUGUGUUUUUUCAGCCUCCUCUGCCCAGUCGUCCUCUGCUGCUUUCGCUUCUGCCGAGCUUCACGUCAGGGAUCUACUGUGUCCUGCUGGCGCGAAUGGCCUCUUUGUCCAUCCCUUCGAUCAGACGAGGUUCCUUCAUUGCAAGGACGGCAAGGUGGCCGUUCAGAGCUGUCAGCCCGGCUAUGUGUUCAGCAUAUCCAAGGGCUUUUGUCAGCUGAAAUCUCAGUUGGUAUUCAGCGAUUAUGUGACUUUUAUUAUCUCUGAGGUCAGCUUUGAGUAUUGUCUGAUGCUUACCGCAUGUCCUGGUGGCAUAGAAGGAUUCCAUCUUUAUCCCUAUGAUGCUGCGAAAUAUGUACGCUGCUUCCCCAAUGGCCAAAUGUCCAUUCUCGAGUGUGGCCCACAGUUGGCCUUCAGUUUGUCGCAAAGAAAUUGUCGGCCGCGACAUGAAGUGAGCACUGGGGAUCGUGUGAGGUUUUGGCAGGAAUUAGAAGUUCAGACGACGGCCUAUAGCUACCAGGAAACGCAGAGUUCAGCUCUGGUAUACCUGCUCAAAGCUUGUCCCCUCAAUCUUCAGGGCAACUUCCCCUAUCCCUUCCAUGCGGGACACUUUGUCAAGUGCCAGAAUGGCCAGCUCCAGGUGGAAUGUUGUCCAACUGGCUUUGUCUUCAGUCUGUCCCAGCGGGUGUGUGCGGCCCGUCAUCUGCUCCCUGCCCAUGACUAUUUGGAUUAUGAUUACCUCAGCGUUGAGUUCUCCACUGAAUUUAUGCAGGAUUUGACCGCGGUUACAUGUCCUCCGCAGAGCAGGGGCUACUAUCUGCAUCCCUUCGACUGCAGCAAGUAUCUCAAGUGCCUCAAUCAGCAGACUGUCGUCGAAAGCUGCCCACAGUCGCAGGUGUUCAGCAUCUCCCAGCAGCGUUGUGUGGCCAAGGAUCAACUGGCAGCGAGCUACGAUCGCGUGGAGUAUCUACGUGAGGCGCAACAUGAACUCAGUGAAGGUUUCAACGAGGGACGACAGUCGCAUGGCAAGAAUCUGAAUGUAAACCUGGACGUUGCUUCAUGUUCCCCGGGUGCCACUGGCCUGCAAGCCCAUCCCUACGACUGCAGCAAGUUCCUGAACUGCGCCAAUGGUCAGACCUUUGUGCAGAGCUGUGGCCCGGGAACUGCCUGGAGCACUGCCAGCAGCACCUGUGAUUUUGCCCACAAAGUGGACUGCAGCGGCAGGAGUGCUGCUCAGAGUGGUGCAACAUACCGCAGCGGUUCCACGCAGCCUUCCACCACUCCUUCCACUACUGUGGCGACGUUUGCCAGCGAUCUGCUGUGCCCUGCGGGCGUGGAUGGACUCUUUGUCCACCCGUUCGAUCAGACCAAGUUCCUCAAUUGUAAGGCCGGCAAGGUGGCCGUGCAGGGCUGUCAGCCUGGCUAUGUCUUCAGCAUAUCCAUGGGUCAGUGCCAGCUCAAGUCUCAAUUGGUUUACUCCGACUAUGUGACGUACAUCGUCUCGGAGAUCAGCUACGAGUAUUCAAUGAUUCUAUCCGCUUGUCCCGGAGGCACCGAUGGCCUCCAUCUCUAUCCCUACGAUGCUGGCAAAUAUGUUCGCUGCUCCGCUGGCAAGAUGUCCAUCGUCGAGUGUGGCCCACAGUUGGCCUUCAGUCUGUCGCAAAAGGCCUGCCGUCCGCGGCGUCAAGUAACUGCUGGAGAUCGCGUCAAGUUCUGGGAGGAGCUGCAGGUUCAGACCACGUACAGCUAUCAGGACAGUCAGACGUUGCAAUCUCCACUCAGAGCGUGUCCCCGCAGUCUUCAAGGCAACUUCCCCUAUCCCUUCCAUGCGGAACACUUUGUCAAGUGUCAAAAUGGACUGCUCCAAGUGGAGUCUUGUCCUCCCGGCUUCGUCUUCAGUCUCUCCCAGCGGGUGUGUGCGGCUCGUCAUCUGCUCUCUGUUCAUGAUUAUCUGGAUUACGUUUACCUGAACAUUUCUGGACAGUUUUCGACUGACUUUAUGCAGGAUCUCACCAUGAUCACGUGUCCUCCCCGUAGCCAGGGCUAUUAUCUGCAUCCCUUUGACUGCACCAAGUAUGUCAUCUGCUGGGAUCAGCAGACGGCCAUCGAGAGCUGCAAGCAGGGCGAAGUGUUUAGCAUCUCGCAGCAGCUGUGCGUGGCCAGGGAUAAGGUGACGGCGGCCUACGAUCGCGUGGAGUAUCUGAGCGAGACGCAGCACGAGCUGAGCGAAGAGGCGGAAGUGGAGAUGCCAAACGGGCCGGGCAGGGGCUACCCUCUCCCACUUGAUGGUGGUUAUCAGCCGCAACCCUCAGGAGUGCCACUAGAUGGCAGAUAUCAGCCACAACCUACCGCACCUGCACUCGAUGAAGCCUACGGACAAUCGCAGGGCAGAGGCUUCCCACAGGCCGGUGGUUACCCGCCACAAACAUAUCCUGGAAGCGGCUACCCAGCUGCCGAAGGAUACCCGACACGUUCACAAGCAACUGGACCGCCCUUUGACGGAGGAGCCGCCUAUCGGCCCGCGUCCGCUGCCUUGAUGUGUCCACCCCAAGCCACUGGCCUCUUCCCCAAUCCCUUCGAUGCCAUGGGCUAUCUGCACUGCAUGGAGGGACACACGCUGACACGGAGAUGCUUCAGCAGCGAUAUCUUUAGCAUUUCCCGCGGCUUUUGUGUGCCUCACGAGCAGGUGGCCAGCUGGGAUCGCAUACCCUACAACCAGCACAGAUCCGUGGAGGAGGCUGGCUAUGUGCGAUGUCCUGUGGGUGCCAGUGGCUACUUUGUGUAUCCUUUCGACUGCACAAAGUUCCUGAGUUGCGGCCCGAAUGGCAUGGUGCUGACCAGCUGUCCGGCAGAGCAACAUUUCAGUGUCUUCCACGGGCUGUGCCAGCCCAAGGAGCAGGUGAAGCGCGAGGAUCGACUCUACACGAACACUGAGCUGUCGAUCAUCUACGAGUGGACGCAGCAAAUGAAAGCCGAGGGCGCCAUACCCGUCUGCCCCGUGGGCAUCAGUGGCUCGCUGCCACAUCCGCGGAUUGCCAGCAAGUUCUUCCGCUGCCAGCCGGGGCAGGCCGGGAUCUACGACUGUCCGAGUGGACAGAUUUUCAGCAUUUCCCGUCGCUUGUGCGAGCCAGCUGCCGAGGUGCCCAGCCACGAUCGCUGUGACUAUAUCGUCAGGGGUGAUGGCGAAAGGGAAACGUCCUCCUCCUCCUCCUCUUAUGGGUGGCGGGAUCAGCCGAAUGACAAUCGACAGUCCAAGUCUUACACGACAGCUGGGCAGGAUGCGUGGGGAAAUCCUUAUGUGGCGAGGACAACGACCACAACGAGAGUCAUUGGCGAUGGCAAUCGCUGGAGGGACAUGAAUAUGCAGCGUCCUGCGGGCAUUGGCUUCCAGCACAGUCCUCAGUAUCAUGCGAAUCAAGCGCAGGGCUGGUCCGGCCAGGGCAGCUCCUACGAUCAUCGUUCACCCACUCAGAGUGUGCUCUAUGUGGAGGGAUCGCUACAGCCCAACCGUAAUUAUCCUACAUCUAAGACUCCACUGGCGCCCAGCACGCCUCUGGCACCCAUGGCGCCCAGCACCCCUGGCCAGGUGGUCUACGCCGUGCCCGUUCAGGAACCUCCUGCUCCUGCACCCCUUCCGUCGCGCCACAACUACAGCCCCAGAGUGGAGAACAGCAGAUGGCAGCCCAUUCCCCCAAAGCAAAAACCCAACCAAUCAAUGCCUCCACUUGCUCCACUCGCUGGACAACAGCCCCUAGACCUUGACUACACGCCGGACGAUCGCCCGACCUACAAUCCGUACCAGCCUAGUGGCAGGGAACUCCAUUCCAGGGCACACUUAGCAGGACAACAACCAAUCGACUUGGACUACGAUCCCCAAGAGCCACAGAGCUAUCCGCGUGCACCCAGUCGGGGUUUGCUGCCACCCAAACAGGACAACGAUCAGCUGCCAAGCGAAUCGCAUCAGAUAGACACACGUUUCAAUCCAAGUGCCCCACGGCAGAGCCCUCAACCCACUCCCAGCAGCCAACUUCCGGCAACUCCUUCCGAUGAAUCGAAUCUCUAUGGUGGCUUGCUGCCGCCCAAACCCAGUCCGCUGACCACAACAACGAAGAAACCCUCCAUGCUGCACGUGUAUCCCAUUUAUCCGCGCAUUGUUAAUGCCUCCGUGCCUCAGACUAGCAGUGGCAGUGGCAGUCAGCCGCAUUAUAGUCCCUCCUAUGCGGGCAUUGCCCAUUCGCGUAAUGCCUCCUGGGCCAAGGGGUCCUCAGCGACAACCAGCACGACGACAGCACGACCUGACGAUUUCAGCAUUGAAGAGGAUAACGAUUAUGAAGAGGACAUUGAUUAUGAGGCAAUCGAUCGACCAAGGCCUUAUUGGCUACCAGAGACGACCACAGCCGCGAGAAGUGGCUAUGCGCCGCCUCCCUUUAACCACAAGUUUUACAGUCCCCCCCAGAGUCCUGCCUCCCAGGCACCCGCAACGCCUCAAUCAGUCUCCCAGCGUUCCACAACGCCUGAUCCUGUGUCCCAGCUGGCCAUUAGUGAGGCGCUUAAGCUGAUGCUGCGUCCCUACUUCAAUCACAGUGGCAAUGCUCAGGAGCGCCAGGCAAAGCAGGCGGAAUUGGCUUUAGUUUCUGUGAUAAGCAAACCCCCAACGAGUACUAGCACCACGACAACGACGACAACUCCAAACCCUAUUAGAUUAGCGACAACAACACCCAAUCCGGACGAUGACGCUGAACUGAUUAAAGCCGGGGAACAGGAGAGCUUGGACCUAACUGACGACUCUGACUCUGAUUUUGCAGAUGCUGGGGAAACGGCCCAUACCGAGCAGACCUUAGAUCCCACCACGUACCGAUCACAGACCGACUACCAACGGAGCACACGCCGUGCGGCAAUCGAGACAACGACAAUCAAUUGGCACGCGUCCGGUCACAGUCGUGACUUUCACAGACGUCAUCCAAAUCUACUCGAACCGCACUCGCUGCACCAAAAACACAACCACAACCAUCUGCCCCCUCACUCCCCACAUCAACACAGACACCACGAGCAUAGUCCCGACUUUCAUCGUCGUCACCCAGAGAUGCCCAAUCCUUUUGCCAAUAAAGAAACUCCAAGCGAAUGGGAAGCGCCCGAAGAGCCGCAGCAGCCGCAGGAGGAGAACAGCUGGGAGCUGCUGUCCAAUCCGAAUGCCGAGUCAGCCACACCCAAGAUCGGCGUGCGAAGCUCCUUCAAUGACAGCUGCGAGUUCGAUUGUCAGAAUGGAAACUGCGUGACGCUGGACUCGGUCUGCGAUGGCUUCAAUAACUGCGGCAAUCGCAAGGAUGAGAGCAACUGCCAGCACUUGGGCUACGAGGUGCGUCUGACCGGCGGCGAGAAGCCGCACAUGGGUCGCAUAUCUGUCAAAAUCAAUGGCAAGUGGGGCUAUGUCUGCGACGACAAAUUCGGCUUGCGGGAUGCCGAUGUGGUGUGCCGCGAGCUGGGCUACAAAUUGGGCGCCCAAGAGGUGCGUGGCAGCUCCUUUUAUGCUCCAGAAGAUCAAAACUUCAACUAUGCCAUGGACGAGGUGGAGUGCCAGGGCAACGAGACGAAGCUCAAGGAUUGCGACUUCAAGGGCUGGGGCGUACACAACUGCGGCGUCGAUGAGGUGGCCGGCGUGGCCUGCAAGGUGCCCGUGAUGAAGUGCCCGAACAACUAUUGGCUCUGUCAGACCUCCAAGGAAUGCUUACCGCCUGCUUUCGUCUGCGAUCACACAGCGGACUGUGCGGAUAAGUCGGAUGAAAGUCCAGCCAUCUGUCAGGCUCCUGUAGAGUUUCGCUUGGAGGGUGGACGCAGCUCGAAUGAGGGACGACUGGAGGUCAAAUAUCAUGGCGUGUGGGGCAGCGUGUGCGAUGAUGACUUUAACUUGAAGGCCGCCCAAGUGGCAUGCAAUUCCCUCGGCUACUAUGGACCAGCGAAACUGGAGAAUAAAAUCUUUGGCCAUGGCAACGGACCCAUUUGGCUGGAUCAGGUCAUGUGCCUGGGCAAUGAGAGCAGCAUCGACAAGUGCAGCCACUGGAACUGGGGCGAUCACAACUGCAAUCACACCGAGGAUGUGGCGCUGCAUUGCUCGGCCGGACCGCCGCCGCGUUCUGCCAGUCGCCUCAAGGCGCUGAAGCAGUCGGGGGCAGAGAAGAGCGCCGCCCUCACCUACUCCGACAUUGGGCUGUGGGAGCGUUCCAGCCGUGCCAUGCGCUCGCCUCGUCGCUGCGGCAUCUUCAAGGACGAUCUGUCGGAUGAGUAUGCCCACAGCGGGGAGCGUGUGAUCAAAGGGAAGACAGCGCGUCGCGGUCGUCAUCCCUGGCAGGCCACCAUUCGCACACGCGGACGUGGCGGCAUCUCCAGUCACUGGUGCGGCGCUGUGGUGAUCUCCAAGCGUCAUCUACUCACCGCCGCCCACUGUCUCUAUGGCAAUGCGAAGGAUGCGUACUUUGUGCGCGUGGGAGAUCAUUAUGCGAACAUUGCCGAGUCCUCCGAGGUGGACACCUUCAUUGAGAAGUGGUACACCCAUGAGAAAUUCCGCGACGGCACACACAUGAACAACGACAUUGCUGUGGUGGUGCUCAAGCGGCCCCUCAAGUUCAGCGAUUAUGUUCAGCCCAUCUGUCUGCCGGACAAGAAUGCGGUGCUCCAAGCCAAUCGAAACUGCACCAUUUCCGGCUGGGGUUCCAUAAAAUCGGGUGUGUCCACUCCUGCUCAGGUGCUAAGAUCUGCGGAGCUGCCCAUACUGCCGGAUGCAACCUGCAAGCAAUCGAAAGUGUAUGGCGCCGCCAUGUCCGAAGGCAUGUUCUGUGCUGGUUCCAUGGAUGAGAGCGUAGAUGCCUGCGAGGGCGACUCUGGCGGUCCGCUUGUUUGCUCUGAUGAUGAUGGCGAAACCCUGUAUGGCUUGAUAUCGUGGGGACAGCACUGUGGCUACAUGAACCGACCGGGUGUCUAUGUGCGCGUGAAUCAUUACAUCGAUUGGAUCUACGAGAAGAUCAAUGAGAGCUUGUUGCGCUUCUAAAGGGAAGCUUCCUAUUCGCUUACAUGACUAGAUAGUAUAUGUAAAAUUCGAAUUUUGUAACUAAACUUGUAAUAAAUUGUUUUAUUUUUGAA